ACAAAUUGGGUCUCAAUUGCACAGUUUUCUUGUUGGUUUAUUAACAAAUUGCGGAUAUGAACUUUAAAUCAUGCUAAUAGCACAAUUCACUUAGAAAGUGAGCUUUAUAAACAACAGACAGCUACUGAUGAAGAAUAUCCUUUAAAAUCGUAUGUAUGUGUAAUAAAUGGGAAAUUCCAAGCAAAAACCCACAAUGGCCGAUAAUUAGAUGCAGUUUGAUAGUGUAAAUCUUGCAACUGUUCAAGGUGUUUGUCAAUAUUAAAUAGUCUAUCGUACAUUUUGAGAUGGAAAAAGUUGUUACAUUAAUGAAAUCAUGAUCAAGUUAUAUAAAGACCACGCUAUAGAGAAUUACGCUUAUUCAAUAAUAUCUCAAUUUAAGAAAACCAGCGUAUACUAAAAACGCCCAAUUCCUAACAUUUAGUUUAACUUUCAGUUUGUUAAUUUAACACAUGCUGUCCAACCACACAUUAAUAUUUUGUGUACUUUUCAUAUAAUCAAUAAAAGUCGGCGUUUUAAGUUAUUUCAUAUGACGUUUUUAAUGAUGAAGAUUUUAUAUGGUUGUUAAUAGUAUUUAUUCUAACGUUAUACAGCUUAACAUCGUAAUUGGCAAUAAAUGUGUUAAAAACGUAUUCAACAAGUUAAUACGCUAGAACCUGAAGGAUUAAAAGGGUUCUAGCCGCCUCAAUUUCCUCAUUGAAUAAAUAAGUUCUCUAGUUUCUACUCCAUUUACUGUUUUCUAAUAAAACGAAAAAUCCCGGUCAUCCAAAAAUAUUUUUAUUGCUUGUUAUUAUUAUACAUUCAUUGUAAAAACUACAAAUAUUCUUAUUAUAUCUCUAGGGAUAAGCUAAAGGGUGUUUUUUUAGACAUUUGGAAACGAAAAAUAAAACAGAUAUAAUUUAAUGCUAUGCCUAAGAAUUUAGCUUUAUUACAAAUUUGAGGAUUUGCCUUCAUAUUUUAAAUUUCUUUAGCCACAAACUUCUGAGUAUAAGUCAAGUAGCAGCAGUUAAAAAGUCCAAUUCCGCAGAAAGUAUUGACGUCUAAAAAAAUCACCGGUCUUAAACCAUUUUUCCAUGAUAUUAUUUUUUAUUAUUAUUAAGUACUUCAGUUUAUAACCAGUUAAUCAGUUUUAUUUAGAUGUAGUAGAAUUCUCAAUGAUUCUCCUUGUGUCAUGAAUUUUUAAUAAUUAAAUAUAUUUCAGUCCUGUAUGGGCUUUUUCGAGGACUCUGAUUGUAUCAGUACUUUGUAAGUUUAGUUGUAAAUCACGGGCGCAACCCCUUGCAGCGGGGUUGUAUUUUAUUCUUACAUCAAAUUGGAAUUGAGCCCAAGCCCGUGCCUGAGAAAGUUUAGGAUGAAAGUUAUUCCGUGUUGUAAGAAUCUGUCUCUGCAUCCAAUAACAACGGAGUGCUUCAAAUAACAUCGAUGAGCGUCAAUAUUAUUUACGGGUACUGCUGCUGCAACAACUUCCACAUGUACGUCACGUUCGCACACCUACGAUUCCGAUAGCUUCACUGAGACAGACCCUUACAAUUUCAAAACCAGGGAGUCCAGAGAAAGUUCGAAAAGUUAAACAACUACUCAAAUCUUGUAAUUGACAAAGUUUUUUUUUAUUACAAUUACCGAAAAAAAUUUUGAGCCAAUAUUUGGCGAAAAUUUGAACAAAAAUACAAAUUUUAAUAUUUUAAUUUUUUCCAUCGUUCAAUAAUGAGAUUUAUCCAUUUACCAAAGAAAUAUUUUUGUUUUUAUACUCUCGCAACAAAGUUGCUGAAGAGAUAACUUGAGUGAUAAUUGAGAUAUCUUAAUGAAACGUGGAACACCGUGAGAGGGUUGCUUUCGAAAAUGGGCAAAAUCUGACAACUGCCACGCCCACAAAAUGGCAAAAAGCGAAAACAUAUAAAGUGUCAUAACUAAGCCAUAAAUAAAGUUAUGGAAGUUAAAUUUGGUACAGAAGAUCACAUUUGAGAGAGGCAUAUUUGGGUGGGGAAGUGGGCGUGGCAAACCUUGCAAACCAAUAAAGAUAUAUAAACCAAACUUUCUGCAGUCGGUUCCCUUACGUAUCCUAUCACAUACCAUGGAAAUAGUUGAAAUCGGAUAAUAACCACGCCCACCUCCCAUACAAAGGUUAGGUUGAAAAUUAUUAAAAGUGCGCUAACUCACUAACGGAAAACAUCAGAAACACUAAAUUUUACAGGAGAAAUGGCAGAAAGAAGUUGCACUGAGACUUUUUUACAAAGUGGAAAAUGGGCGUGGUGUCGUAUAACUAAUGGGUCAAAAACCAUAUCUCAGGAACUACUCGACCAAUCUCAAUGAAAUUCGGUAUAUACAAUUUUCUUAUAUAAUAUUUCCUGAUAACACAUCAACAUUGGGCAAAAUCGGCUCACAACCACGACUACUUCCCAUAAAACUCAUUUUUGAUUCCAUCUCAUUCCUCUACUUAAUAAUAUAUAUGUAAAUAUGGAACCAAUGAAGAUAGCGGAAAAAAACUUUGCACAAAUACUGUAUAUGAUUGUGUCACUACUUAUGAAAAAAUUGCAGAAAUCGGACUAUAACUUUUCAAGGCCCCGGAUAUUGAACAUGAAGAACUCAGUGGCUAAGAUUUACACCAGUACCUGAAUGAAAAUAUUACUCACAUUUACAACAUGUGUCGUUGCAAAUAAUAACUAAUAUAUUUAAUAAAAAUAGCUCUUUGAAUAUGAAUUUAAACCGCUUGAUUGCCGGUCAAUUAAUAUUUGUGAAACCUUGUUAUAUUUAAAAAAUUACGUAAGCCGUAUGGUUACAUUAACUGCUAUACAACCAAUCAUCAUUCGCUUUCUUCGUUUAAGUUCGUUUAAGGAUAUCAAAUAAUAAAACGUAAAAAUAUAUAUUAUUUAGAUUGAGAUUAAUACUUUACGUAAGUGGAAAAAAUAAUUUUAUUGAGCUAGUAUGUUGACAAUUUUAAACUUGAGCAGUUCGAAUAAAUAAAAAUCUCCAGACAAUAUAAAUAAUUUACUCUGAAGUCAUGUUGUUCCAUCGCAUCUUGUAAACAACAAGUUUAUAAACCUUUAGAGCGUGUAUUCCGUAGUGAAUUCUUUGCUAAACAAGACAUGUAAGCGGAAAGCAACAAAUAUUGAUAUUGAUACACAGCAACUAAAUUGUGGCAAAAUUUUGCUCUAACUCACCAGCUUUGUUGGAUGCGUCAGCCAAAGUAUUAUAACUUGAACUAAUUGGAGUAUCAAAAGUAAGCAUAAUAUAUAAUAAAUCGGAUAUUAAACAACUAGAAGCUUAAACAGAACGCUGAGAUUAUGUGGGAACAGUUAACUUGAUUUGGAUAGAAUCAUCUUAUAACGCAUAAUUCUACUAAGAGAAAAAUAGCGGAGCUUUGAAAAAAUCUAGCUAUCCUUGAGCGAUGAAGUGCUAUAAAUAUUACAAAGUAUGUGGUUUUGUUAAUUAAAAAUAAAAUAAAGUGAACACAUAAAUUACGAAAACAUAUAAAUUGGGAAGUAGUAUUGCCAUAUCAACAAAUAUAUUUCUACGAGAAAUAAAUACUGAAACUACGAUUUUUCGUUAAUUAUUUGCAUGUCGUUUUCAAAUGAAAUGGCGCACAGUUUAAUAUGUUGCAAUAAUACGUAUAGUAGCUGUCGCCGUGUUGAGCGUAAUAUGUUGGCAACUGAUAGCAAUCGCUGCAAUAUAUUUUUUCUAAAUAAACUACAUUUUACCUGCGACAAAGCAUACAUGACGAAGAAGUUUCGAAGCUGACAUUAUCCCUAACAGCGCAAGGCGUGCAAUUCGCUAUACUACUGAGAAAUAAUUAAAUAAUAAUAAUAAAAUGUGUUAAAUAUAAAAACAAACGUGCUUUCAAACGAAAAUUAGUUUAUAAUAAAAAAAUUUGAACUAACUUUGCAUUAAAAUUCUGCAAUACAAAUUAUUGAUAGUACUAAAUCACGCGUACUUAAUUUUCUCAAUAACGGUAAUAUACAGUUUUAGACAAUAUAAUUUUUCUUUUUCCAAAAAGUUUAACAACGCCAUUAUUUGAAAAUAUUAUCAAUCAAUAAGAUGUAUAAAUAAGUAUGCUGAAUGCAUAAGAGGCAGUGUUGUUUCCGAAAGUCAAAUCGUCAUAUUGUAAACAAUUGUUGCUGGCUGGCUAGCAAAGCAUGUAUUUCAAAAUAAAUUAAAUCCUUGCACUUUCUUGAAAAUAUGGCGUACUACACUGAAAGCCCAAAUAUUUCAACAACAACAACGGAUGGUAAUGCAGAAAAUUGUGCCACGUCUAAAAAAGAGUUUGAUUGCGUCGACAGUUACAACAAGAAAGAUGUGAAGCGGCAUCUGCACAGAUUUGAGCAUAAUAAAAACAAUAUUGCAAAGAUAGAGUGGUGGAACUCGCGGAAUCCAACAGUGCUUGCGCCCAAAUUUGCGUCAAUGAACAAUCACAGUGAUAUGCAGCUUCCAGACCAAAAGUGUGAAUUUUUAGCCGAAAAAAAACUAAAAACCCCACCAGUUUCAAUACCCUUACGGACAUCCAAGGUGCACUUUACCGAGAAUGGCAUCCAGCAAGAUAAAAUGCUUUCAAAUAAUGAUAACUUACGUCAACAUAGCAUCUCCAAUAAUAGCAGUGGUUCAUCGCCUAUAGAUUUACCACCUACGAAACAUGGUAAUGUGAUUUUUCAGCAACAGCAAUUUCACACUAAUAUAUCGAAUAUUUUGCCACCAUCCAAUGAGGCACGCCACAACAGCUUCAAAAACCAUCGCGCCAACGACGAUGAAGAUCAAGUAUCACAAGAUUCUCAACUGCUUGCUAAAGAUCCCAAACCAUGUUUUGGGUUCCUGAAUGCGCAAGAAGAUGAUGAGAUGCAAAUUACUGGUUACAAGCGUUCCUUAUUACGCACCAUAUUAUGUUGGUUCUUCAUAUCGCUGACUGGUGGACUGUUGCGUCUUGUAAUGCAUUGGUGGCGUCAUUGGUACCUGAUUGCAACACACGAGAAAUGUGCACUGGAAAUCGCCGAAAAGGUUUUAAUACAAGAGCACUACCAAGGCAAACACGUAAUAUAUUAUGUGAAGACAGUCGAAGAACUAAAUGCUUCAAUGCCGAUGAAAUCUAUACAACAGCGGGCAGGAUUUUCGCCAAGCUUGCUAGCGAAAAACAGAGCUUCUGGCAAUGAGAACACAUUGACAUUAGAAACGCAGCGAGAAAUUGAAAUUGAUGAGAAGAAUUUUCAUUUUAGUGUGCACUUUUCCUCAGCAUUAUUUAAACAAACUAAAAGUAUGCGUAUAAUCAAUUGCAAACAAUUGCGUUACGUAUGGGACAAUCAAACACAAUCAUUUAACAAAUUAAAAGGACUCGAUGUAAAUGUGUCGAGCGCAUACUUUCAUCAGCAGCGCGGUCUGCCAGUGCAGGAACAAUUGUCACGGCGCUUAGCAUAUGGACCAAAUGAAAUAACAGUGCCCGUUAAAGACCUAAAGACUUUACUAGUUUUAGAAAUGCUUAAUCCUUUCUACGUUUUCCAAAUAUUCUCGGUAAUAUUAUGGUUCACAUAUGACUACUAUUACUAUGCGUGUGUGAUAUUGCUUAUGACAAUGUUUGGCAUUGGCAUGUCAAUUAUACAAACUAAGAAGAAUCAAGAUUCACUGCGUGAAACUGUAAUAAAUAGAGGUUGUGCGAUGGUUGUAUCGGAGACUGGACAAGUGCGCGAAACAGGCACUGAGAGUUUAGUGCCUGGCGAUGUGAUCGAAAUACCCACCAACGGCUGUACUAUGCAUUGUGAUGCCGUACUUCUAUCCGGAAAUUGCAUUCUGGAUGAAUCAAUGCUUACAGGUGAAAGCGUGCCUGUUACAAAAACGCCUUUACCAAUGAAACGUGAUUUGAUAUACGACAAGAAGGAACAUGCAAGACACACACUAUUUUGUGGCACAAAAGUUAUACAAACGCGUUAUAUUGGUUCUGAAAAAGUCUUGGCGAUUGUUGUUAACACUGGCAACAUAACUGCCAAAGGUGGACUUGUACGUUCAAUACUCUAUCCACCACCAGUUGACUAUAAAUUCGAACAGGACUCCUAUAAAUUUAUUGAAUGUUUGGGUUUAAUUGCCUUGAUUGGCUUUAUUUAUACCUUAGUGACGAAGGUAUUACGUGGCGUAGAGCCGGUCAAAAUUGCUGUCGAGUCUUUAGACCUUAUAACAAUUGUUGUGCCACCUGCACUACCAGCUGCCAUGACAGUGGGCCGUUUUUAUGCACAAAAGCGUCUUAAGCUUAAGAAUAUAUAUUGUAUUUCACCACGUUCAAUUAAUGUUGCUGGCAGUAUUGAUUGCUGUUGUUUCGACAAGACAGGCACGCUAACGGAAGAGGGUUUAGACAUGUGGGGUGUAGUGCCGAAAACUGUUACAAAUGAAUUUCAAAUGCCCAUCAAACAGAUACAGCGCUUACCUUUUGAUAAUUUCUUAUUUGGCAUGGUGACAUGUCAUUCCAUAACUAUUAUGAAUGGCAAACUGAUGGGUGACCCACUAGAUUUGAAGAUGUUUGAGUCUACUGGAUGGAUUUUAGAAGACCAAAAAAAUGUGCCAGACAGCCAAAAGUAUGGUCUAAUACAUCCCACCAUCGUGAGACAACCAAAAAAAGAAUUUGAUGCUGAGUUGCCGCAGAAUGCGGAGUUGCCAGUACAACGGCAAUCAUCGAUUGACGAUUUACUGGCGGAUGUUGGUCUACUUAAUGGUGAAACGAACAAUGAUCAUGGUAUUGUGCGUGAAUUUCCAUUUACAUCUAACUUGCAGCGCAUGUCCGUUAUUACGCGUCGUCUGAGUGGUUCUAAUUUUAAUGUAUACUGCAAGGGCUCACCUGAGAUGCUGCAGCAACUUUGCCAACCAUGCAGUUUGCCAGAGAAUUACUCCCAGCAAUUGGCGUUUUUCGCCAAACGUGGAUACCGUAUUAUUGCAAUGGCUUAUAAACCCCUCAGCCCUAAAAUGAGUUAUAUUAAGGCGCAACGUUUGGCACGUGAAAUAGUUGAGAGCGAUUUGGAGUUUCUUGGUUUCGUUGUGAUGGAGAACCGCCUGAAACCGGAUACAACGGAGGUGAUAGCAACAUUAACAAAUGCUAACAUACGUACGGUUAUGAUAACUGGCGAUAAUCUUCUGACAGCGAUAAGUGUGGCACGUGAUUGUGGUAUUGUUUCAACGGAACAAGCAGUGGUCACGGUAAACGCACGACAAGUACUAAAAAAAGAACGUUAUGAGUAUGAACUCUAUUACACGCUUGAGAUAGGCGGUACGGACGAUACUACUAAGGAAUUAGUAAAUGGUGCGGAUAUAAUAUCACUACAAUCAUCCGUAAACAACUCGGCUGAUGGAAAUUAUCGCAUUUUUAAUGGUGAUAUUACAUCCUUAAGUAGCGUUUCAUUGACACUACCCAACAGUAGUAGUCUAGCGAGUGUGGAGACUUGUGAAACGUGGACGCAUCAAGAUCCUGAAUUGGGUUUGGUUAACGCUAAACACGAGAAGAAAGACCUCUCGCCAACCUGGCGUAACAAUUAUAAAUUCGCAAUGAUCGGUAGAACAUGGCAAAUUAUACGCGACAAUUUUCCGUAUGAAUUAAAGAAUUUCGUUGUACGUGGUGCUAUUUUUGCGCGUAUGUCACCGGAACAAAAGCAGGCAUUAAUAAUGGAACUGCAACAGCUUGACUACUGCGUCGCUAUGUGCGGCGAUGGUGCAAACGACUGUGGUGCUUUGAAAGUGGCGCAUACUGGCAUUUCGUUGAGCGAAAGUGAGUCGGCAAUUGCGUCGCCAUUUACAUCGCGUAAUCCAACAAUUGAAUGUGUGCCAAAUGUCAUCAAGGAAGGCAGAGCCGCAUUAGUAACGUCAUUUGGUAUAUUUAAAUACAUGGCUGCAUAUUCCAUGGUACAAUUCAUAUCAGUUAUGAUUCUAUAUUCCAUUGACUCCAACUUGACGGAUAAACAGUAUUUAUAUGUUGAUUUGGGACUGAUAUCUGUGUUCGCAUUUUUCUUCGGCAAAACCGGCGUGUACGUUGGACCACUCGCUAAGCAAGUCCCAUUAAGCUCGCUUAUCUCCUUAGCGCCACUAUCAUCAAUUAUAUUGCAUUUACUUGUCGUGGUGGGAUUCCAAACGGCCGGUUGGUUCCAGUUGCAUCAGCAGGUCUGGUUUAAACCUUUCAAACACAGUGAUGAAGAUCACUUAGGGUGCACCGAAAACUACACUAUGUUCGCCAUAUCCAGUUUUCAGUAUAUUAUACUCGCAUUUAUAUUUUCUAAGGGCGCGCCAUACCGCAAACCGAUUUGGUCGAAUAUUCCACUAUCGCUCUCAAUGCUUAUAAAUCUUGCAAUCGUUUGUUAUUUAGUUAUUUACCCCUCGCAAUGGAUGCGAGAGUUUUUCCAACUGGUUGUACCCGACGAUUUCGGCUUCCGAUAUUGGAUGUUAUUUUAUGGAGUGGUGAAUUUUGUGGUGCAUGUAAUUGUUGAGGCAUUCGUCGUGGAGUAUUUACUGUUUCAAAAAGUGCAGGUGCGUCGUGACAGAAACAUGCAAAAAUCGAAGCGAAAAUAUAUGCAUGUGGAAUACGAUUUGCGUUGUUGCAAGAGUUGGCCGCCCAUAUCACAGUCUUGUGAAGCAUUCGAUUGUUCAGCACCGCUGGAAGAGAAUAAACCCACGUAUAUAGAGAUAAGUGCCGAACAAAACUUCGACACGCCUGCAUCACAAAAUAAUGCAUUAAAUAGUUUUUUUGGUACGGAAACAAUUCAAGCCGUACAAACUUUGCCAACGGUAGCCGAGUGCGGUGUGCUUAGUGAAUCCGAAACCACCCAGUCGCUGUUGAAGGAGAAGCAAACGAGCAGUGGUGAUACGAAUGUGAACCACAUUUCAUGAGAUUUAAAUUUUCUCACGGCAAUAACCUUAUAUCUACUUACGGUUUCUAAGUAUAAUUACUUGUGUAUUGUAAGUUAUU